AUGAGGGUGAUUGAAGUUAUCAUCGACGGCUUCAAGUCGUAUGCCGUUCGGACAGUGAUCUCAGGAUGGGACGAGAGUUUCAAUUCCAUCACUGGUCUGAAUGGCAGUGGCAAGUCGAAUAUUCUCGACUCAAUAUGUUUUGUUCUUGGUAUCACCAACAUGUCCACGGUUCGAGCGCAGAACCUUCAGGAUCUCAUCUACAAGCGCGGUCAAGCUGGUGUCACCAAGGCCAGCGUGACGAUUGUGUUCGACAACCGAGACAAGAAGAAGUCACCUAUCGGUUUUGAGGAAUAUGCCACAAUUAGUGUCACCCGCCAAAUUGUCCUGGGCGGCACCUCCAAAUACCUCAUCAACGGACAUCGAGCGCAGCAGCAAACAGUCCAGAAUCUGUUCCAGUCUGUUCAACUGAACAUUAACAACCCAAACUUCCUCAUCAUGCAGGGACGAAUCACCAAGGUCCUGAACAUGAAGCCUGUUGAAAUAUUAGCCAUGAUCGAGGAAGCGGCAGGAACGAGAAUGUUUGAGGAUCGGAGAGACAAGGCGCUGAAGACGAUGGCCAAGAAAGAGCUGAAGCUGCAGGAGCUCAGGGAGCUGCUGAAGGAUGAGAUCGAGCCCAAGCUCGAGAAGCUUCGCACAGAAAAACGGGCGUUCCUGGAUUUCCAGCAAACACAGAACGAUCUCGAGCGCCUCACGAGACUGGUAGUUGCAUAUGACUACAUCAGGUGUCAGGAAAAGGUGAAGCAGUCUGCGGCGGAUCUGGAGGGUAAGAAGCAACGACACAAGACUUUGGAGGAUUCCUCGGCCCGUCUUAAGGGCGAGAUUUCCCACCUUGAGGAGGACGUCAACAAGGUCCGAGCUCAGCGGGAUAAGGAGGUCAAAAAGGGCGGCAAAGCUCAGGCGCUUGAAGAAAUGGUCAAGAAGCACGCCAAUGAACUUGUUCGUCUUGCCACCGUCAUGGAUUUGAAGAACACGAGUUUGGCAGAGGAACGGGAAAAGAAGGCGGUCGUGGAGAAGGCCGUCACCGAACUGGAAGCGACUCUGAAAGACAAAACAACGGCCUUCCAGAACGCCAAGACGGCAUAUGACGUUGCCAAGGACGAACUUGCAAAGCAGAGCCAGGAUGCCGAAUCCAAGGAAGAGCUUCUGCAAACGUUGCAAACAGGAGUUGCAUCCAAGGACGGCCAGGAGAAUGGGUAUCAGGGUCAGCUGCAGGACGCGCGGAAUCGUGCUACCACGGCGGCAACUGAGCAGGAGCAAGCCAAGCUCAAGAUUACUCAUCUACAGAGCCGGUUGAAAGAGGAAGAGCCGCGGGCCAAAAAGGCCAAGGAGCAGAACGCGGGACUGCUUCGCGACUUGGACGGUCUCAAAUCGCAGGCUCAGCGGCUAGAGAAGGAGCUGAACAAGCUCGGCUUCGAACCUGGUCAAGAAGAAGAGAUGUACAAGCGGGAGUCGACGUUGCAAGAAUCGGUACGGAACUUGCGACAAGACUCGGACAAGCUGAAGCGCCAAGUUGCCAAUAUCGACUUUAACUACGCAGAUCCCGUUCCCGGAUUUGAUCGAUCCAAAGUCAAGGGCUUGGUAGCGCAGCUGUUCACGCUUGACAAGGAGCACACCAAAGCCGGCACCGCACUCGAGAUUUGUGCUGGAGGACGUCUGUACAAUGUCGUGGUCGAUUCCGAGGUUACCGGCACACAACUGCUUCAGAAGGGCAAGCUGAGGAAGCGAGUGACCAUCAUUCCUCUCAACAAGAUUGCAGCGUUCAAGGCGUCAGCCGAGACAGUUGCGACAGCACAAAACAUCGCGCCCGGCAAGGUCGACCUUGCGCUGUCUCUGGUUGGCUACGAUGAGGAGAUCUCCGCGGCGAUGGAGUACGUCUUUGGCAACACGCUGAUCUGCGCGGACGCGGAAACGGCGAAACAGGUCACGUUCGACCCUAAUGUGAGGAUGAGGAGCAUUACUCUUGAGGGAGACGCCUACGACCCUUCCGGGACGCUAUCAGGCGGCAGCUCACCCAACUCGAGCGGCGUCCUGGUCACUCUGCAAAAGCUAAACAGCAUUACGAUGCAGCUGCAUGAAGCGGAGCAUUCGUUGCAGAAAGUCCAAGCGAUUAUCGCCAAGGAGCGGUCCAAGUUGGACCAAGCUCGCCGGGUCAAGCAGGACCUCGACUUGAAGACGCACGAGAUCAAACUGGCCGAAGAGCAGAUUAGCGGAAACUCGUCCUCGUCGAUCAUUCAGGAAGUUGAGAACAUGAAGUCGACGAUUGCCGAGCUGCAGGAGAGUAUAUCUGACGCGAAGAAGCGCCAAUCGGAGGCUAGCGUAGACAUCAAGCGCAUCGAGAAGGACAUGAAGGACUUUGAUACCAACAAGGACGCCAAGCUAGUUGAACUGCAGAAGUCGCUCGACAAGCUCCGAUCUACCCUGGAGAAGAACUCGGCGGCGGUCAAGUCGCUGCAGAAAGAGCUUCAAGGCGCGCAGUUGGAUCUGGAACAGGUCGGCGGCGAUCUGUCGAGUGCCCGGGACCAGGUUCAAGAGGUUGAGCUUGGAAUAACGGCACAGAAGCAGGACAUUGAAGGGCUCGCGGCGCAGCAAGUAGAACUCGGCGAGACGCACAACAAGGUCCAGGCACAGCUCGACGACGAGCGAGCCAAGCUGCAUCUGUUUGACGACGAGCUUCGGGCUUUAGAGGAGGCGACCCGGUCCAAGAAUGCGCGCAUCGCCGAAGAAGGUCUCGAGAUGCAGAAGCUCGGCCAUCAGAUCGAGCGUUUCCAUAAAGAACAGCAAGGGGCAGUGGAGAAUGUCGCACGGCUCGAGGCCGAUCACGAAUGGAUAGAGGACGAGAAGGACAAGUUUGGCCGGGGCGGUACUCCAUACGACUUCCAAGGCCAAAACAUUGGCGAAUGCAAGUCAACCCUGCGCAACUUGACGGAGCGCUUCCAGGGGAUGAAGAAGAAGAUCAACCCCAAGGUCAUGAACAUGAUUGACAGCGUCGAAAAGAAAGAGGUGACGCUGAAGCACAUGAUCAAGACGGUCAUCCGCGACAAGCGCAAGAUUGAGGAGACGAUUGUCAGCCUCGACGACUACAAGAAGAAGGCGCUCCACGAGACGUGGCAGAAGGUCAACGGAGAUUUCGGUAACAUUUUCUCCGAACUCCUGCCUGGGGGGAGCUUUGCGAAGCUCGAUCCGCCCGAGGACAAGACGAUCAGCGACGGCCUCGAGGUCAAGGUUUGUCUUGGUAAGGUGUGGAAGCAGAGCUUGACGGAGCUGAGCGGUGGCCAACGAUCUCUCGUCGCCCUGUCACUCAUCAUGGCCCUACUGCAGUUCAAGCCAGCGCCGAUGUAUAUCCUGGACGAGGUCGACGCCGCACUCGAUCUUUCGCAUACGCAAAACAUUGGACGGCUCAUCAAGACGCGCUUCAAGGGGUCACAGUUUAUCGUCGUCAGUCUCAAGGACGGCAUGUUCCAGAACGCCAACCGCAUCUUCCGCACGCGCUUCAGCGAGGGCACCAGCAUGGUCCAGGCCUUGACUCCGGCAGACCUGAAGUAA